AGCAUCACGACUAUUAAUGAGACAUUAUCUACACAGAAGACAACAGUGUACAUCAUUACUGUGAAUAAGACAUCCACUACACAGAACACAACAGGGAUGACCAUUGCUACAAAUAGGACAUCAGCUUCACAGACCAUGCCAGUGAACACAACUGGAAUAUUAUCUCCAGGGAACACAACAGUGAACAGCACAAUUAUUACGACAUCGUCACCUCUACAGAACACAACAGUGAAUGGUACAGAGACAGAGACAUCACCACAAAACACAACAGAAGAUCCACUAAUCAUCAGUCCUACAGAUGCAAAUGCUGUUGCUUUAAUUGUGACCCAACUGGAGAAAAUAUUGCAAGUGGAGAGCAUAAAUGAGGAGCUCGCUGUAACACUCGUUAACACAAUAAGCAACCUCAUCAAUGCCUCAGUUGAUGCUGUUGCCUCAUCUUCCAGACAGAUAUUGGAUAUUGUGGACACAAUUGGUGAGAAGCUGAAUUUCACAACAGAUUCAAUAAACAUCACCUCCCCUUUCUUGACUUUGGCUGUGAACAAAAUCAAUGCUACUGCCUUCAGUGGAGCAGACUUCACCAUCAGCAACGUUACCAACCUGCAGGUCUCUCUGGAUGAAGAAUCUCCUCAGGCAAGUUUUGCAGCUAUUGAACUUCCAUCUUCCCUACUGAAAAAUUUCUCUUCAGAGGAGGUGGAUAAUAUUUCGAGAAUUCAAUUCUCUUUCCAUGAGAAACCAACAUUGUUCCAGGAUUCCAACCUUGGUAGCGCAUCUGUCUUGAACAGUUACAUCAUUGCAUCCAGCGUUAAUGCAAACAUCAGCAUCAGUGACUUGGCGGAUCCAGUCAAAAUCACAUUCAAGAACCUUCAGCUCAUGGAGGAUAGUUCUAUUGUGGAGUGUGUAUUCUGGGAUUUUCUGAAAAACAAUGCCACUGGUGGAUGGAAUUCAGAAGGUUGUACAACUGCACAGAACACAUCAAAUCAGACAGUAUGUGAAUGCAACCAUCUAACCCAUUUCGGUGUCUUACUGACGAUUUCCAGAGAUCCUAUAACUGAUCCUGUCCAGGAGCGAAUCCUUACUUUCAUUGCAUACAUAGGAUGUGGCCUUUCUUCAAUUUGCUUGGCUAUGACCUUGGUGACAUAUCUCGUUUUUGAAAAACUUCGGAGAGAUUACCCCUCAAAAAUCCUGAUAAACCUUUGUACAGCCCUGCUGUUCCUCAAUAUGGUUUUCCUCAUUGAUUCCUGGAUUUCUGUCUAUCGUAUAGAGGGCUUAUGUAUCGUUGUAGCUGCCUUGCUCCAUUAUUUCCUGUUGGCCUCCUUCACCUGGAUGAGUCUUGAGGCUCUCCACAUGUACCUGGCUCUAGUUAAAGUCUUCAACACUUAUGUGCGCAGAUACAUAUUGAAAUUCUGCAUUCUUGGUUGGGGCAUCCCCAUUGUAGUGGUAGCCAUUAUACUUGGUACUGGUGCCAUGGGACGUCACAACUAUGGACUUGGACCUUAUGGAAGGAAAACCAACACUACUUUGGAUGAAUUCUGCUGGAUCAACAAUGACACAACUUUUUAUGUUGCCGCAGUAGGGUAUUUCUGUAUAAUGUUCCUUGUGAACCUUAGCAUGUUUAUUGUGGUGUUGACUCAAUUCUGUCAAAUAAAAAGCAAGCAGCACCAUCAGAAUGCACAGAAGAGCGUGUUACAAAACAUCAGAAGUGUGGCCAGCCUCACAUUCUUAUUUGGAAUCACAUGGGGAUUUGCCUUCUUUGCAUGGGGCCCAGUAAACCUUCCAUUUAUGUACCUCUUCGCCAUCUUCAACACUCUGCAAGGAGCCUUCAUCUUCAUUUUUCAUUGUGUAAUCAAAGAAAAUGUCCAGAAAGUAUGGAGGAGGUAUUUAUGCUGUGGCAAGUUGAUGUUGCCUGAAAAUUCAGAUUGGUGCAUAACAGCAACAAAGAAGACAAAGAAGCUACAACCUCUAGUCCAAGGCAUGUCUCUGUCCUCAACUUCCAACAACUCCUUACAGUCCACCUCCCCGUUUUUUCCAGUCCGCGACUACUCCUGUCACCCCAAUGUAAAUGGUGCUAAGCUUUAAAGUUGCAACCUCACAUCCCUCAAGCAUGUAAGUUCAUCUGCUUUGCCUGGAUUUCAUAAAAAUCUCGUGAUUACUGCAAGAGACAGUGUCUGACGUCCUUCCAGGAGUCAUUAGGAUGGAAUUUUAACAUUGAAAUGUAAAUACAUAGUUGUCCAAAGUAAUAAUUCAAAUUUCAACCAGUCAUUUGAUCAGACCUUUCAAAAACUGAAUAAAAAUGUUGUUUUACCAAA